UACUUGUACUACAAUGCAUCUAGCCACCUUUCUAGUUCCCUUACAAAAGCAAGACGAUCAUUGUUUCUUGAAACUGGCCGAGUGUCAAAAUCUGUUCAUUUCCUCAUCUCUAAUUUUUGUUUUAAUGAUUCUGUAAACCUAAGAUCAUGGUGAACAUUUAAAUGGGCCGCCACAAUUCAUCUUUCGUCAUCUCCGCCAUGCACCAAAACGGAUGUUUUCAUCUUUUGAUUGUUGAUAUCGACUGUGUGCAUAGAGUUACUAAAUAAAAACGACUGUGUGUGACUAUGUGCAAGGAGGUUAUUCUAACGUCCUUGAAUUACUGAUUACGUCGCGUUGUAAUGGAAGGGGCCUGUUCAUCAAUGCGUUCGCAGUUCUCACUGAAACAUACCGUGUGUGUUGUGUGUGUGCCGUGCUAGCGAUUUAAGUUGUGCACUGUGAAAGCCACAACUACGCUACAAUGCUUGUACCUAAAAAGUUAAUUAGACACUUGAUUAAAUGCAGCUUGAGUGUUAGAACAUAUUCAUCUGCUUUAAAAUCAGCGAAAUUAAGUGAAGUUUGUGUAGAUUCAUUAAAAGGAAAUGACAGCGGAAUAAUAGUUCUUGGAUUGAACAGGCCGAAAGCAAGAAAUGCGUUAGGAAAGACAAUAGUCUCGGAACUAACAGAUUUACUGGAGAAUUUAAAACAUCUCGAUGAUGCUCGUGUAGUAAUAUUAAGAAGUUUGGUGCCUGGUGUGUUUUGUGCGGGUGCUGAUCUUAAGGAAAGAUUGGAAAUGAAAGAAGAUGAAGUAUUGCCAUUUGUUAAUCGGCUUAGGUUUAUUGUGAAAUCUACAGAAAGUUUACCGAUGCCGGUAAUAGCAGCUCUUGAUGGUCUUGCUGUUGGCGGAGGAUUUGAGAUGGCUUUAGGCUGUGACAUUAUAGUUGCAUCGAAUACGUGCAAAAUGGGGCUAGUGGAGACAAAAGUUGGCAUCCUUCCGGGUGCAGGAGGAACACAGAAGUUACCUCGCCUCGUUGGCCCUGCGUUUGCAAAGGAAUUAAUUUUCACCGCCCGAACCAUCAGUGGUGUUGAAGCUUACGAGAGAGGCAUUGUGAACUACGUUGUGGAACAGAAUGAACACAACGAUGCUGCCUAUCAAAAGUCACUAGCAGUUGCUAGAAGUAUACUUCCGAAUGCGCCGGUUGGCAUUAGGAUGGCAAAAAAGGCAAUUAAUAAAUCAAUGGACGUAGACAUCAACACAGGUUAUACCAUUGAGGAAGCUUGCUAUGCUCAGGUUAUAUCAACCAAAGACAGAAUUGAGGGACUUGCAGCAUUUAGAGAAAAACGACCUCCCAAAUUUACUGGCAGCUAAGAUAAAAUUAUUGAAAGAAGAAAUCCUUAUUUAGCAUUUUGUCAUUUGUAGAACGAAAAUUAACUACAAACCAUUUGAAGAUUAAAUAACAUAGUCCAGUUUCAUGUUACAAUUACAUAGUGACUGACUGCAGAUGAAAACUCUUUCAUGAAAUAUGUAAAGCUUGUUUGAAACAGCUAUAUGUAAAAUGGUUUCAGGUUUUCGGGUAAAGCUGUUAGUAGUUCCUUUAAUCACAAUCUGUUAUUGUUACUGCAUUUUUUAAAUUGAAAUUCUUGUUUGUGAGGUAACAAAAAAAUCCUGAAGUGUGCACUGUGUUCACUAUAAGCAUUUUCUCGGUGUACUUGUCUUCCUUUCUUAGUCCUUCAAAUCACUUUUCUCAGAAACUCACACUUCCCAUCUAGCUUACACCAUAGAUGUGUUUCCACAACCAAUAUUUCUUUAAAUUGUAGUUUACUCAUACUGAUAAUUCUGGGAAUUCAUUCUAGUUUCUUUUUUUAUGUUAGGUACAAGAAAGUAAUUACUUUGAACAGAAAGAAUGCUGAUGUUCCUUUUUUUAUGUCAAUCAAUUCUUGUUUUUAUAUGUAAUUUUUAAAAAAAAGGUAUUUAUGUAAGUUUACACAGUCCACCAUCAGCUGUUUAUAUACUGUGAAGUCGUACAUUAUUAAGUGGGAUAUAAUUCCACUAGUCCUAAUUAUAUAGUUGAGCCAGGCAUUAGAGCCUUCAUUGGAUAUUGUCAUUUUAAUGAAAGAUUCUGGAUCUGGUGUCUACCUGAUGGUUGAUUUGAGCACGGUGGUGCUAUACUAGGGAUGGUUCUAUGGAGUUGACGUGCCUUUGCUUUCCUGUCAUCUUUCAACAUGCGUAUCUGCCUGUUAUAGGAGAGUUACAGUUUAACAUGGGUUGUGAACUGUCGUGCAACUUGAUAGGUUUUUUCCCCACAUCGCUGUUAGAGAUGCUGUUAUUGAAUCUUGAGUGGAGACAGAGCCAAUACAGAAGUGUCUGAUUCCACCUGUCUGCUUUGACCCUUGAUGUCAUCAAGAUGGCGGAAACCCCUUGUCCCAGUAAAUACAAUAUGGCAACAUAAAGUCUAGAUACACCCACAAACAAAGAUAUAAACAUGCAAAAUAUUUCACUUCAGCAAUAAAAUGAAACUAUGGAGUGAAAGUAUAUGAUCUUGUGCAGGGACAAGGUAAAUCUUCCAUAAUAAUGUCAACAUUCCAAAACAAUAAUACCGAUAAACAGCAAAUAUGAAAACCAUGAGAAUAAACCAGACAAAAAUGUCAGAGAAAUCUGGAACAAAAUAUAAUAUUUCACUUGACUUAUAAAGCUCGAAGGAAAACAAUAAUACCAGCCAGCUACCCCCCCCCCCCCCCCCCCCCCAUUCAGUGUCAGAAUUUCCAUGCACUGCUGACACUUCACGCAUUUCACCAAGUGAUCAUAUAAGUGGAGAACUUUAGUUGUAUAUGCGUUAUUGUCACCCAUUGAGACGACCAAUUAAUGAGUAGUAAACUUCGUUGUAACAUCUAUAUUGUGCUACUUUUGGUAUAUUAAAACUUUUCUCGAACUUUUGGUUAAAAGUAUUUUGUAUUGAAUACUUAGUCUGAGAGCUGCAGGUUGUUAAAGUGAGGUCAAUAAAAUAGCAAAACUGUAUAUUUGGAAUUGUUUAAUAGUCGCUGUUUGAAUUAUUUUUUUGUUCAAAUCAAACUCCAGGUUUGUCAGUGAGGGGUCUGCUUUGACAGUGUAGUUGACUUUUAUUUUUUGUUUGAAGGAAGUGCACACAGUGGAGACUGCUUUCCAUUUUCUAGUUAUCUGCUCAUUUUUGUAUAUUAUAAAAUAAAGCAACUUUUAUAGUUUUAUAUUUAAUACAGUUAGCUGUUCUGUGCAGUUUGUUAAUGUGAAAUUAAAUACUGUAUCUAUUGAUUGAUUAGUUCUCACUGUUAUUUAGUUAGUGAAAACUUGGCAAUUAUUUUGAAGCUCCUUCAAAAUCAUGGAAAAAGUAUAACAGCUAUUGAAGUUGAAAAGAUCAAUAAUAAUAAUAAUAUUUUUUUGUCAUUAAGCUUACAGAAGCAAUAGACAACAUCAAAUUAUAAAAUAUAAACAAAAUUGUAUGUAGGAGUUAUAAGUACAAUAUUACAAUAGUUUUGUAAAUAGUCAAUAGACAGGAGAUAUAAUAUAUAGAGUGAGGUAGUACAACCAAGUCAAUCAGAAUGUACCAGUACAAAAUACAAGAAAAAGUCAGAAUACAGAAUAUGAUCCAGCAUUGAUAAAAUAACAAUAAUUCAUAUAUUUAGUACCUACUUAUUAAAAACUGAAAGCUAAGUAUGGUCCGAUUAACAUUACCAAUUUCUGGCACUCAUUUCAUCUAAUUGUUUGUAUCUAAAGUUAGUAUUAGUUUUCAUUUUGUAAAAUAUAGUAAUUGCUGAUUGCCUGAGGCUGUUGACAUUUGCUCACGGAUUUCGUUAAAUAUUUCACAUCCAAUAUUACAUCCAAAGUGAAUGAGCAUUACCAAUGAGGGUGUAGCAAUAGCUGGUCUUCGGAAACUGUUGACGAAGUGUUGUGAUCUAUUUUUUGCAUUUGUUUGAUAAAUCAUAUUUUGUAGUGAUUAUGUGAAUUAUAUUAUAAAAUAUAAAAUUAAGUACUGAAAAAUCAUAUCAGUGUAAAACUUUUUCAUUGUUUGUAUAAAGUACGAAGUGUGUAAAAACACAGUUGGUGAUCUGAGGCACAUUUCAGAGUGAAACUUAUCAUUUAAAUGGUUUUUAAGCUUCAUGAAACUAUUUAUGUAUAUUAAUCUUUUAUAUGAAACUGUGUUCAGUAUAUUUUAAAUUUUGAAUAAAUUUAUUUUUUUAGUAA